AUGGCCGCUGAAAAAGAUGAAGCCGAAGUCCUUGCCGAACAGCCAAAGGAAGAGCCCGAAAAGCACGAGGCGAAGAAACGAGAUCAUCGCGAGAUUGAAAAGUCACCUUCCCCGGCAGCAAAACGAGCAAAGAAAGAGGACAAGGAGAAUGGGAAAGGCGAUGAAAGCGUGAAGAAAGAGGAGGCGACGCGCAAGAAAGAAAAGACUGAUGAAAAGUCGAAGGAUGUAAGAAAAGAUAAGGAAAAAGAAAGAGAAAAAGAAAAGGACCGCCACCAUCGUGAAAAGGAUACGAGGGAUGAACGCAAGGAUCGCGACAGAGAUCGCGAGCGAGACCGUCGGAGAAGUGAUGAUAAGGACAAGGAUCGGCGGAGAGACAGCAGGAAGGAAGAUGACCGGAAGCGACGCGAUAAAGAUCGGAAAGAUGAUAAAGGGCGUAGAAAGUCUACGAAGAAGGAGGAAGAGCCAGCGGCACCGGUGAAGAAGGCUCCGACGGCACGCGACUUGGAGCGUCUGCGGCAGUAUGAAGAAGAAAUGGCGAAGGAAGAGGAUAACAAAGAUGAGGAGGGCCGUCCGGUUUGGUCGCUGACCAGGGCCCAGGCCGAGACGAGCAGCCGGCAGUGUCCUUAUUUGGAUACGAUUGACCGAAACAUGCUUGACUUCGACUUCGAAAAGCUGUGUUCCGUCUCCCUGUCUCAUCUCAACGUCUACGCCUGCAUGGUUUGCGGAAAAUACUUCCAGGGGCGCGGUACCAGCACAUAUGCCUACACUCACUCGUUGGACACGGACCACCGCAUUUUCCUCAAUCUGCAGACCCUCAAGUUCUACUGCCUACCUGACAUGUACGAGGUCAUCGACCCGUCGCUCGAGGAUAUUAAGUACGUCUUGAAGCCCACUUUCACCGACAAGCUCAUCAACGCGUUGGAUGGUUGGCAACGUCCUGCACGCGCCUACGACAAUACGACGUAUUUCCCGGGUGUCGUUGGGCUGAACAACAUCAAGGCAAACGAUUAUGAGAAUGUGAUCUUGCACGCGCUCUCCCAUGUUACCCCCUUGCGCAACUACUUUCUGAAGGAGGAGAACUACUCGCAGAUCAAGCGGCCACCGGGUGACAAGCUGGCGUUGCUAUCGCAAAGAUUCGGUGAACUCGUACGCAAGCUAUGGAACACGAAGGCUUUCAAGGCCCACGUUUCCCCGCACGAAAUGUUGCAAGCGAUCGUCGUCACAUCACAGAAGCGCUUCCAGUUCACCAAGCAAGGCGACGCGGCCGACUUUAUGAGCUUUUUCCUCAACACCCUUCAUCUCUCGUUGAACGGAACGCAGAAGAAUUCGUCGAGUAUUAUUUACAAAACGUUCCGCGGAAAAAUGCGCCAGUACACCCGAAAAGUGCUUCCGGUCGACGCCAGCUCGGAGAUGAUUGCGAAUGUGACAAAUUCUGAUGAAUACAAUGAAACGGCCAAAGAGACGCCAUUCCUUUUCCUGUCUCUCGAUUUGCCGCCGCCACCCCUUUACGUGGACGCGGUGCUUCAGAAUAUCAUCCCACAAGUCCCACUGCAGCAGCUGCUCGCCAAGUUCAACGGUGCUACCGAGAAGGAAUACAAAACGUACAAGGACAACUUUAUCAAGCGCUUCGAAAUCCUCGAGCUGCCCAACUACCUGAUCAUCGUCUACCAGCGCUUCAAGAAGAACCAGUUUUUCGUCGAAAAGAACCCGACGAUUGUCAACUUUCCGAUCAGUAACAUUGACCUCUACGAUGCGCUUGCCGACGAGGCGAAGCCCAAGCACAAGUACACCACCUACGAUCUGGUGGCCAACAUUGUGCACGACGGGAAACCGUCGGAGGGGCGUAAUCGUGUCCAAAUUCAUCACAAGGGUACCGGUAAAUGGUUCGAGAUGGAAGACCUGCACGUCAAGGACAUUCUGCCGCAGAUGAUCACGCUGGCCGAGUCGUAUAUUCAGAUCUGGAAGCUCAACCGAACCAAGACCCGUGAAGAGCGUAUGGGAGAGGAUGAGAAUUCUGAUGAAGAUGACAUCAAGGCCGAUCUCAUCGCCGCCCUAAGACAACAACAGCAGGUAUCUGGCCCCCAGCUGCCCGAGGUGAAGACCGAGUCGAUGGACACGAGC